UCUUUGUAAAGACGACAAUUAACGCGUUCCGCGGGCGUUCCCGGUUGUUAUGAAUGUUGGCGAAUCGCAAUUAUCGCACUCGUGUAACGUUCGCGGUGACUUAGCGCGGUAACGACAGAGCGAGGCUUAUAGCGUUUUUUCUUGGAACGCACUGAGGGCGUACUUGGUGUAGCCUUGCACUGUACCAGUUUAGUGUAAGCGCUGCACUGCACUCAAGUAGUGUACACACACUUCAUGCUGUCGUGUUUAUUUCAGACCACGGACUUGCGGCAAUUUUAAGUUGCAUUCAGGAUCUUUAUUCGGUAAAAUAAUGUCGGACAAAAUGUUUGUUUACUUUAAAGUUAAUAAAGAUUGUGAUGUUGAGAUGGAAUACGUAGCUGAUCAGAAAGAGGAGUAUGAUCGGAUUUUAAAUGAUAAUAACUUUGCAGUCAACAAAAUAUUGUCUCUUAUUAACUCUGGACAAAUUAAAUGUAAAGGCAAAGUCGUUGAAAUUUUAAGAGGAAACGAUUUGGACAUGCUAUAUGGGAAUCCUGACUGCAUUUUCGUUGAGACCGACACCAGCGACUCGGAAAACCAACAUCCAAGGGGCAUAAACAUAAAGAUAGAUGCUACCAGUCCAAUGUCUUCUUGUUCAGGAAGUGGUGAAAAUAAAGGUGACAAUAAAGAUUGGCAAGAUGACGAGACCAAAUAUUUAUUGGAUCAGGUUUAUGCCUACUUACCAGUAAUCGGUCCGCAAAAAAAAUUUAAAACAAAAAAAGCAAUGUGGUUAAAAAUUGCAGAAGAAAUUUCACAGAAAUUCUGCAAAGUACGAACAUCUAUCCAAGUUGAGAACCGGUACAAAACUGUUUUACGGAGAAAGAAGUCUGCAGUUGAAAAUAAUUCCGGAUCAGGUAAUUCGAGGCAAGAUGUACCCUUCGAGGAAGAAUUACACAAAAUUGCUUCCACCGAUGACAGCAUUGAGCCGGAAGUUGUGAGAACUGCUACAGGUGUCAAGAGGUUUAAGAAAUCAGACGAUUCUGUAAAAAUAAAGAAUAGCUCACCAGGAAACAAAAAGACUGUAUCUAUCGCAGAAAAAUUGGAAGAACUACAUGAGAAGACAGAAACAGCUCGAGAGAAACAACACCAAGAAAAGAUGGCAUUGAUACGCGAAUUGUGGAGUGGAAGGCAGAGAAACCCUGAAGUGAGGGAGUGA